AUGGCCUAUGACAACCAACAAGCCCCAAUUCGCGUGCACGUACGGAAUAACAGCAAUAUAGAGACUUCCAGCUACCCUCGUAUUACGCAUGAACAGCCGUACCACACGCUUCCGUCGAGGCCGACGGAAUCGUCGACCUCAUGUUAUACUAUUGUCGAUGGCUCGGGGCUAACCAAUCGUUCUGGAAAUGCCCUCGAGACACGUGGAAACGGAGCAGUUUACAGGAAUGUGAUUAAAAUAUCAAUCUCACGGUUGAGUGUUACUUAUAUUCAAUACCCAGAGGCCAAUGCACAUGUACAACCACCCGUUUUCCUCCCCGAGCCACCAACUCCCAGAGGGCCACCGAGGAAGCCAAAGCAAUCCGGGUUCGCAUUAUGGGUUGGAAAUCUCCCAUCUCGUGCCAACAUUGUUGAUCUCAAGGACCAUUUUUCUCAGGGUGCUACUAAAGAAAUCGAAAGCGUAUUUCUGAUCUCAAACAGCAAAUGUGCAUUUGUGAAUUAUAGGACAGAAGCAGCCUGCGUCUCAGCAGUGGCAAGAUUCCAUGAUUCAAGGUUCCAGGGCAUUAAAUUGGUUUGCAGGAUGCGUAGGGGCACUUCCGAGCUUAAAAAUAGAGUAACAUUAUCACCACCACUUCCGGCGGCUUCAGGUACUACUGAUAGCAAUGAGAUUGAUGACUCACAUGCUGAACUUGUUCCGAACAAUUCCUCCAAGGAUAGCAGUUCCCAACGCCCAGCUGUGAAGUAUUGUGAACGAUAUUUUAUAGUGAAAAGCCUGACUAUUGAAGAUCUUGAACGCAGCAGGACUGUAUAUUUGAUAUUCUCCGCCAAUAAAUCUGGAGAAUACUUUGGCUAUGGCAAGAUGGCCUCUCCCGUCUCCACUGGCGAGCAAAGCAUCUCCGACGGGACCCCUCAGAGAAUCGAUUCCACGCCAUCAUCCGAAUUUCUGAUAGUCACGGAUACGCCGCGCACGGAAACGGCUCCAGCGGGCUCUGUGGUGGACGACCCAACUCGGGGUACGAUAUUCUGGGAAAUCGAUCGCAUUGACGAGGUAGGUUUGGGAAAGACGGGUGGGUCUGGACAGAUAGAGGACGAAGGCACGGCGGACGACAGUCAGUCCUUUGGUAGGCCAUUCAAUGUGGACUGGUUGUGCUGGCGACGUCUCCCAUUCCACCAUACAAGAGGUCUCCGGAACCCUUGGAACGCGAACAAGGAGGUGAAAAUCGCCAGAGAUGGGACGGAGAUCGAGCCAGGUGUGGGGAGAAGAUUGAUUAGACUAUUCGACCUCAUGGAGUGA